CGGCUGAGUCUGCAGCGCCCCCUGCGGCCGGUCGUGGUCAUUACGCUCCAGCCGCGGAGCUCCUGCGCCCAGUCAGUCCGCCGUAGCUCUGCCGACUGGAGGGAUGUGACCCCGGAACAGGACGCCCUUCUACAUCAGCACACCAUUCAGCCAGAGCGUAGAAAAAAAGUAAAGCUGGACCAGGAGGGACUUCUGGCAGAGCAGCGGCACCUGGAUGGUGUUUGCACCCACAGGAACUUCAUUCAGGCUUUUGUCUGGGGCAUGCUAGCACGCUAG